AUGUCGUGUGCUCAGUCGUAUAUCCACCUGAUACCUUCCAAUGUGAAGGAGGCCGCUGCGAAGUCGCUUCGGGCUGCGGGGCGUGCUGGCGGUGCUGGUCGUGUUGGCAGUGCUGGUAGUGGCAGUGGCACUGGUGUGCAGAAGUCAGUUUCUUUGAAGAUACAUUUGGAGAAGUUCCCCAGUUCGAUCGGGCAUGCCACUUCGCGGGUGAACCGGCUGCACAAUGAGGACUCGUACUCGAUCAACAUGCUGCGGAUGCCCUCCCGCACGGAGCAGUUGCUGGCGUAUAAGAAUAAGGACUUGCUGAGCAAGAACAGCAGGUCUGUGCUGAAUGUGUCGAUAUUUGACGGUCAUGGCGGUGAAGGCAGGGUGUCGAAACUUCUUGCGCGGGAGUUUUACAAGGAUAUUGUUGCGGGCUACCCCAGUGAGCAAGAUUUCUUUCAUCUGCUGGACAGAUACAGGAAAUUGAUCGGUGGGAAGUACUGGAACGACCUAUACCAGAGCAGAGAGCAGUUCUACGACAAGUUCAUAAAGAAUUGUAACACCAAGCAGGAGCUUGUGUUAUUCGGCGCAGACCAGAAGGGUUCGCGGAUGAUUUUUGACAAAUGGGGGAACAUCAUAGAUAAAACGAGCCUGUUAACAGAUCUCGAAAGAUUACGUCUGUAUUACUCUUUCCUUAAGUUCGAUCUAGAGAAAUGCUGUGGGUUCGAUGAUAUGGAAUCCUUACCUGAGAAUUUUUCCGCAGAGGAGCAUUUAAAAAGGUACUCAGGUGGAUCUACUGCAUCCUCUAUCUUCCUGUCGUCUUAUAAUAACAACUUGAAGACAGACGACUCAUUUUUCAUCUAUCCUAAUGGCCUCUUUAAGCUCGUAGUCACCCAAGUAGGCGACACCAAGAUUAUUAUAUGUGACAAGAACGGAAUCGCACACCCAUUGACAAGGUUGCAUCAUCCAACAUCCUCUAGAGAAUCCAAGAGACUAAAUAUGGAUGUUAAGAAAGAAGAAGAAGAGGCAGAUUCUUUUGGUGAAAAGAGGUUUUUAAACAAGUUUGCGAAUACUAGAUCGUUCGGUGAUCUGGUCGGUAAGAAAGAGGGUCUCUCUAGUGAACCAGAUAUUUAUUCCUAUUUGGUCGGAAACACAGAACAGUUGCCGCACUCUGAAAGAUCGAAACUGCAAUUUGGUGGAGAUGAAUGCUUCAUUUGCAUGGUUACCGAUGGAGUCUCCGAUAUUCUCUCGGAUCAAGAGAUUGUAGAUUUAAUCACUUCGACCGUCAAUAUGAGAGGCCUAAAGACGGCCAAUCCACAAUACUUGGCAGAGGAAGUGGUGAAAUUUAUAGAGGCAGUCGGCGACAGACACGCUGAUAAUGCGACAUGCAUUAUCUUAAGGCUUCCGAACUGGGGAAGCUGGCCCACAAUCGAUCGGACUGGUGCGGAGAGAGAAGAAAAGCUAAUGGGAUCUUCAAAGGGAGAAAGAGCGUAG